UCUCCCGUCCAUCCUCCACGCAGACCAUCAACUGAGGUCCGUGGCGUCAGGACAUUGCUCAAAACCCCCGUUUUACAACAUCCUACGCGAAAUACGCAUCGGGAGUGGAGCGCCUCACCCGAUGCUACGUCAACAGGAAGUGACCCGCAAGCUGUGGAAGUCAGCAGGUUUUGUCUGCGGGGGCUCUGGAAGCCACCGUCCUUUCAUCCUUAAACUGGAACCUGACGAGAUCAAAUGCAAACAAUGACCUCAAAAUCUUUCAUGUGUGCGAAAGCGGGUCAAGCGUCGCGCUUCGUCACGCAGGCCGGUCGGCCCGUGCGGUUUUUCGAGGAAGUUUAAAGAUGACAUCGGCACCGACGAAUCAGGAUAAAGGUUCCGGGGAAUGACACGGUCUUUUCAUUCGCACACCUCAACUUCCAGCAAAACCCGAGAAGCCUCCAAAGCGACAGCGGAAGAUUCCAGCGAGCGACGAGAAUGUUUUCCACGCUGAACGGCGCCAUCGUGACGGUGGCCAUGACGAUGGCGUUGAUGACGGAGGGCGUGGUCGUCGCGGAAGCAGAUGGCCGGUCAAAAUCGUCCGCGAAGGCGCGCAGGAAAUCGUGGGAGGCGCCAAUCCAAACGGUGGCCCUGGAGCUCAACGCCGACGUCCUUGUUCCUUCCGAAACAUUCCGACCGCUGCACAACCACUCCAUCUCACCGUGGACGUACAACGUGUCCCAGGAUGCGUCCGUCUUCCCUCCCGUGUCCGAGGCCCGCUGCGUGUUCCGCGGCUGUCUGGACUCGAACGGCGCGGAGGACCUGCGGCUCGAGUCCCGACCCAUCCUGCACCAGGUCCUGCUGCUGCGCCGCCUCGAGACUUCCGGCGCGCCAGAGCGGCGCGACGCUCGCCGCUACCGCUUGGAGGCACGCCUCAUCGCCGUCGGAUGCACGUGCGUCAGACAUCGUCAGCAACAACAACUCUGACCAAAUGCACGAGGGGCUUGUACUCUUACUGUGUGAAAUAAAA